AUGGCUUUGAGAGUCUUCAAAGGGCUCAGUGCUCUGAGCUUUCUUGCUCAAGAGGUCGCGGGCCUAUCUCUGCCUCCUCUCAUCCCUUCCAUUCCAGGAGUUACGGAGCCUCUGGCCAGCAAUGCUCCACCUUUGCCCAUUUUGCAACUCCCAACACCCCCCCUGCCUAGCCCUGAAUUUACCCCCAGCAACAUCAAGCCCAAGAAGAUUGGAUACUUUUGGACUGCAGCCGGAGACAACAUUCACGCUGAUUUCCUUGCCACAUACAGUCUUGAUGAUGACACCUUUGGUACUCUUCUGUGGGUGACAGACGUCCCAACCAGUGGCAACAGCCCUCACCACUUGGGAGUGUCACAGGAUGGCAAGACACUGGUCGGCGGUGGCCUCUUGUCACUUCUCAAGACCCAAGAUACUGCGUACUACUUUGAUACUACCAACCCAUACCAGCCCACGUUCUUGAAGAGCAACCGAGGCAUUCUAGCAUCCAUUGUCGAUGAGAUCCGCGCAAAGCCUGAUGGCGGCUUUUUCAUCACCUACAUGGGCUCUGCCGUCGGAACCGCCCCGGGUCGUCUCAUUGAGACGGAUGCCAACUUUGACAUUAUCGCCGAGUGGCCUGCUCUCACCGACGUCUCCAGCACCCUCAACAUCCUCGGGGAGCAGCACUCGCCUCACGGACUGUCGGUCGACUGGGACCGCAACGUCAUCCUGACUUCCGACUUUGUCGUGCCCAUUACCAUCCUGAAGCCCACCUUGGGCAUCCAGAAGGCCAGCACCCUGCGUCUCUGGGAUCUGCCCACUCGCUCUAUCAUCAGUACCAUUACUAUUCCCAACGGUGAAGGUAUUCAGGACGUCAAGUUCAUUCCUGGAAAUCCCGAAGGUGCUGCCAUUGCCACCGCCGUUGGCCCGGGCCAAGUCUGGAUCAUUUACCCACACCGCAAGGAUGCCAACGGUAACCAGGGAGUGGCUGAGCUUCUCUUUGACCUGGGUGAGAAGGCUCGCAACAAUCUGGCCAUCUACUCCGACAUUUCCCAAGACGGUCGCUUUGCCUACUUCACCUUGACCCUGGCUGACCACAUUGCCGCCCUCGACAUUAGCGACCUGAGCAACGUCAAGCGCCUCGACGACCCUGACGAGGUGCAGCCCACCAUUGGCCCGCACUACCUCAAGAUCACGCCCGACCAAAAGCACCUGCUCGUCACCGACUACUUUGUCCAGACGGGCGAGAUUGGCAUUGUCAAUACCCCGGCCGACUUCAAGGCCCUGUACAUUGACAUCUUGGACGACGGCAGUCUCAGCUUCAACCGCAGCAUUGAUUUCCCGCGCGAGUUUGCCAAUCGCGGAGGCGCCAAGCCGCACUCUUCUGUGGUCUUUGAUUUCACUGACCCUGAGAAUCCCCUCUACUAUUAG